AUGCUGAAGACAGUGGUUCAACUUCUCCUUGUUGUCGCCGGCUUUGCACCAGGAUUCGGCUACGACAAAUACACCACCCACAUACAAAAUGGAAACCCGUACAACUUGACCGUUGACAUGACUCCCUUCAUCAAGAUCAACGGAAGCUACUAUGUUUUUGGACAGUCCAGGGUCAAUUGGUAUGUCGCCUAUGAGGACUGCCGCAGGCUUAAAUCCGAACUGGUGACCUUCGAAACAGCCGAAGAGUUUGACGCCAUUGCCGCGUUCUUGAAUGCCCGGGGAGAUCGCUCCGAGCACUGGACCUCCGGCAAUGACUUGGGCAAAACCGGCACCCACUACUGGUUCUCCAAUGCCCAACUCGUGACCAUCAAGCGUUGGGCGCCCAAGCAACCAGACAAUGCUGGCGGCAGGGAGCAUUGCAUACACCUGGGCUACAUCUACAACUACUCAACGGAGUUCCAACUGAACGAUCGACCCUGCCACGACGACGCGAGUAGCUUGUUUAAGUACAUUUGUGAGGCUCCGAAGCAGGAAACUAUAUCUAUUGUUGUUUGGAAGUAGAGUAUGUGCCAAUAUAUCACAGAAUGAUGAA